AUGCCAAUAACGGCAUCGAUUGACUCCGCGAGCGCAUCGUCCCGUUUGAAACUCUUUGCAUAUCGGAAUGCCGCCGAUUGUGUCGCCGUGACCGACGGCGGCGAUGGCACGCGCCAGGAUAAGCAAAAUCACGGCACACAUCGUCGCGCUGUGGCUGUUGCUGCGACUGUGGUUUAUGUGAAUGAGAAUCUUGAUUCUGCGAAUUCUGAUGAUUCUGCUGAUGAUGUGACUGUGGUGGUUGUGGUUGUGGUGGUACUGGCGCAUUGUUGUUUUGCGAGUGCAUUUCUUGAUUUUGAGGCGCGGGGUCCAACGGCUUCUGAUCCCCGUUCUCGUGGUCGGCCAUCUGAAAAAUGGAGUUUUUGA